AUGCUAAGUGAAAUGCUAUUUCCGUCCAUCUAUAGUAUGUACCCUGGAUUGUCUAAACGGGUGGCCAAUGUCAUGUUCCACAUAUGUCAUCAGUCGGAGCUUUUUCACAUGCUCAAUUGUCAUCAGUUUUUCAAAAUGCGAUUGGAUGAAGUCCUAACCCUUAUAAAACUUUCUGAAAAUCACUUGGGUCUUUCGGGAGACAUUCCUCGUUCCAUCCUCGUAGAGCGUCAGCCAUUGAAUAAGCUGCUCAAAAUUCAAUUACUAUCUGUCGUGCGUAACAUCUGCUCAGAAAAUGCAGAGGCAGUGACUGCAAAGCUGUCAAGCCUGGAAAAUUCGGUAGUCCUACACUUGCUUCACUGUCUGGAUUGUCUCAACGUACGUGUCAUUGAGACGCAAACCACAUUGCUGGAUCAAUUUAAACAACCGUUGUGUGCCAAAGACAGCCUAGAGUCAAUUGACCAAACAAUAGAGAUGCCUGCAGAACGCCACUUACUCGGGGACGACCUCUUCUCGACAAUUCAAGGAGAAAACUCAAAGUCCGUAACUGUCGCGACGGAACAAAGACAAUCUGUUUUGAUCGAAGGCCAAGGAGGACGAAUUUUCAGUGAACUUCGAAAUGUCCCCUUGACGCUCAAAGUUCAAAACAAAAUCCUUCUCAAGCAACUGGCACCGCUUAUAAAAAGCCUGUAUCCGAACUUUUCGCUGGAACUGCUCUCUGCCAUAAGAGGAGUAGACAAUUGUGAACUGGUUCACAUGAUAUGGUGUCGUAAUUUCUUGCUCUCAAAACUGGAAGAAAUUCUCUGUCAUCUCCGCAUCUCCCAUGAGCCUUUGUUUCAACAGACGUCACUCGUCUCUCCUAAAUUAUGUUGA